UACUAUUUACAUUUAUCUACUAAGAUACACAACAAGAAAAUAUUAAAUCACAAAAUUGUGGAAUUUGAAGGUAAAUGAAUGUAUAGAUCAUUAUAAUUUUGCUGGUUGAGUGUGUUAUUUAAUCUACUACAUUUUGAUUACUUGCUAUAAAACACUUUUGUCAAACAACUGUGAUAAUAGUCGUUCCAGGAUGGUCAGAGACAAUCAAACUACAAUAAAAUAAUUGGCUUUCUUAUUUAUUACGAAUUUAUUUUUAACACAAUUGAAACAUGCCUUUCCCUACAUUCUCGCUCACUUCUUUUUCUAUUUAAUUCUUUAAAAGCUAGCUUUAAAACAUUCUCUCCCCGAACAAGCGUGACAAUUGAGGCCCCUAUUGUUCCAGCCAGCAUAACAAGAUCUGUAUUUCCAACGUACCGCUAAAUUUGUAUAAAUACAAGCCUCUUCUCAUUAAGAAUCAGCCCAUUUGCCAGUUUGAUAUCUCAUAUGAAUGUUUGAUUAGUGGUAAAGUAUGACCGAUAUAAUUAAAUUCAUUCUCCUCUGCCAAUGCAUGAUUUCUGGUGGUUGGGUAAAAGCUGAGGAACCUGACAAAAGUCUUUACUAUUACGAUUCUGACCAUGACACAAAAUUAAACGACAACAUACAUGCUGAUGAUAUGAACUUUGUUCCCGUAAUGGUGAGGCGUAAUGAUUUCUUCCUCAAGGCGUCUAAAUCAGUGCCGAGAAUCGGCAGGAGGAAUGACUUCUUCUACGCCAAGACACACAAGUCUGUGCCCAGGAUUGGAAGGAGGAAUGAUUUUUUCCUAAAAGCCUCAAAGUCCAUACCGAGAAUAGGCAGAAGAAAUGAUUUCACAUCACAAUCGGACAAGGAAGGAAUAAUGGAUUGGCCCUGGUUUAGAGAACACGAGUACAUACCAAAAGUAUUAAAAAAAGAUACAAACUAUGAACACCUUCAAGAAGGGAAUAAAGAAAUACCAGAAAGUCGACAACAGCCUUUAGUUUAGAACAAAGUUUAUAUUAUUAUGAAAUAAAAAACAAUUUAUGUCUAAAUAUAUAAUUGGUGCUUGAUACUCAAAGUAUACUGGGAUACAUAUAUUUCUUAGUUUUAAUCUUAAAACAAUGUAGUUUUUAGUUAUUUUAGUGUAUGAAUAAAAUCCUACUAAUAUAAAAAUUAAAAA